CAGUGCGGGCGGGGGACGGAAGAGCAGAAGCCCGCCGCCCGCAGGGAUGGAGGAGGCAGAGGCCGGGGAGCGAGCCUCAGCGCUAGAGGCCCUGGCCAAGCUGGCAGACAUCCUGGAGCCCAUCGGCCGGCAAGAAGAGGCAGAACUGCCGGCCCAGAUCCUGACGGAGUUUGUGAUGGACUCCCGCAAGAAGGACAAGCUGCUCUGCAGCCAGCUUCAGGUAGUAGACUUCUUGCAGAAUUUCUUGGCUCAGGAGGACGUUGUCCAAGAACUAGACCCCUUGGCUUCUGAAGACACCAGCCGGCAGAAGGCACUUGCGGCCAAGGAGCAAUGGAAGGAGCUGAAGGCCACCUACCAAGAGCAUGUGGAAGCCAUCACAGGUGCCCUGACCCAGGCCUUGCCCACAAUGGAGGAGGCUCAGAGGAAGCGGGCGCAGCUUCUGGGAGCCCUGGAAGAGCUCCACGCCAAGAAGCAGGUGGCCACGGAGAGACUGAGGACAGCCCAGAAGCAGUGGCAGCUGCAACAGGAGAAGCACCUGCAGCAUCUGGCAGAAGCCUCUGCGGAGGUGAGGCAGCGGCAGAGAGGGACGCAGCAGGAGCUUGAACGGCUGUCUCAGGAACUUGGAAGACUGCAGGAGCAGGCGGGGCAGAAGCAGGACACGCUUCACAGUUUCCCUUCCUUACAGCCCGCCUCUCCUUCCAGGCACCAGACCUUCCUCCAGCUGCUACGUACUCUGCAGGGUCAGCUGCCAUUCCCUGAGGCAGAGGCAGAGCUGCCACGGAAGCUGGACCUUCCUGAGGGUGAGCCCCAGGAGCAGAAGCCUGGGGCUAUCAUAGGGAAGGACAGGAGUGUGCCAUCCAAGGCUGAUGGCCCACAGCCUGCUGGAGAUGCGAGCUCGCCUGAGCUUCCUGAGGGACAGCAACAUGGGAAAGGAACCUAGAGCAGGUCAGACUCCAGCUCAGGCCUUGGUGUCCCUGGACUGCAGAGACACAGGACCAUUGAUGCACAGGACCCCAACCCCACAGGUGUCUUUCCCAAGCUGGCCAUCUCAUCUAAGCUGUCUGUAAAUGAAGCCCUUCCAACCUUCCAGUAUUCUAUUGGGAAAGAAGUUUCUGGGUGAAAAGUACAUGCUAGAACCAGGCCAUCCAAUUUUCAUGAGCAGUCCAGGUUCUCAGAAGCAUCCACUCAAAUGUCCCCUGCCAGAUCUCGACAUCUCAGUCCUCCUUAGCACUGGCAACUUACUGCAGCUCGAGUUCAGCCUUGGUAUAACCACUCACUCUAGCAUUAAAGUCUUCAUCUUCAUUUUUUUUUUUUUUAAAGAUUUUAUUUAUUUAUUUGACA